GUGAGCUGAUCAGAGAGAAAGCAUUCUGCCAGCCAAGCUCCUACUAUUCGCAAUCACUUCCUAACCUCACCCUUUUUAACAUAUUUGAUCACUUUGAUUCUCUGUUAUUUUUUCUUAUUCAAUUUUCCGUGCAUGAAGGAGGUUCUAUAAGUUGUGAUCUUUUUGUUUUAUUAUGACUUGCUUGUCGGAGAGUUGACUUCAUAUUUGACUAAAGCAUUGGCUUCAGCUGCUCGCACCACCUCACAAGAAGAAAAGGGAGAAGCAGCAAUAUUUGUUUUACCAGUUGAUGAUUUUCAUCAAGACUUGAGCUGGAACUUGAUAGCGCUCUGCUGCUAGUGUGUAGCCUACAUCAAUUGUGUGUUUUAUGCUGCUGUCACGUCGCCUACGUUCAACGUACUGCUCCGUUUCUUGAAUAGGCUACCUCAUUUCAUUAUCGCAAUCAUUUGCUAUUUUUUCCCCCUUGAAGAUAUCCUGGAUGGCUGACUGCAAGCGCCCCUGGACUUGGCCUCUAAGUGCAAGGCUGCGAUUCAGCUCGCCAUCACAUCAGUUUUAAAACGUGUGCGUCGCAUCGUCUACAACAGCAAUAUAAUUUGACAUUUUCGAAGAUUCAACGAACAAUCGACAACAGUAGGCUUUUGGCAUUUAUUUUUUAAUUUUUACUAUUAAUUUUGAUUACAGCGUGCUGCAUUCUUUUAAGAAAACAAGCACCGCGAAAUCAAAAACGGCAGACAAAAAGUUUCCUUUACGUUGACUGAUAGAUAUGGCAAUGGUAGUGUGGAGAGGCUCCCAGGACGAUGUGUCUGAGUCCCAAGGUACCCUUUCUUCGCAAUCUCAAGGAGGACUAUCCCUUCCGACCCCUCAGAUGAAUCUGUCAGGCUCUCAGGUCGCCCCUCCGACCCCUCAGACAACCGUCCAAGGACCCCCGAACAACACUGUACAGUCUACGCCGACAAACCAGACGAUGCAGUCGGAGAAACAGCAGCCACAGCACAUAGAAUGCGUUGUUUGCGGGGAUAAAUCUAGUGGUAAACACUAUGGCCAGUUUACUUGCGAGGGGUGCAAAAGCUUCUUCAAACGGAGCGUACGAAGGAACCUCAGUUACACAUGCCGUGCCAACAGGAAUUGUCCCAUUGACCAGCACCAUCGCAAUCAGUGUCAGUACUGCCGCCUCAAAAAAUGUCUGAAAGUUGGCAUGAGACGGGAAGUUUCUCUUUUUACUGCAGCGGUGCAACGGGGACGGAUGCCACCCACACAGCCACACCAUGGUCAGUUCGCCUUGACAAAUGGGGACCCACUGCACUGCCAUUCCUACUUAUCCGGAUAUAUAUCUCUACUGCUACGAGCGGAGCCCUACCCAACGUCCCGGUAUGGCAGUCAAUGCAUGCAACCCAACAACAUCAUGGGCAUCGAGAACAUAUGUGAACUGGCGGCCAGGAUGCUGUUCAGUGCCGUGGAGUGGGCCAGGAAUAUCCCCUUCUUUCCAGACCUUCAGAUUACUGACCAGGUGGCUCUUCUGCGGUUGACCUGGAGUGAGUUAUUUGUGCUCAACGCCGCACAGUGCUCCAUGCCUCUCCAUGUGGCUCCACUUCUGGCGGCGGCUGGCCUACACGCCUCCCCCAUGUCUGCGGACAGAGUGGUUGCCUUUAUGGACCACAUUAGGAUCUUCCAAGAACAAGUGGAAAAGCUGAAAGUUUUGCACGUUGACUCUGCUGAAUACAGCUGCUUGAAGGCAAUUGUGCUCUUCACUUCAGACGCUUGUGGCCUCUCAGAUGUGGCCCAUGUGGAAAGUUUGCAAGAGAAGUCCCAGUGCGCCCUGGAGGAAUAUGUUCGGAGCCAGUAUCCCAACCAGCCAACACGAUUUGGGAAGUUGUUACUUCGCUUGCCUUCACUGCGCACAGUGUCUUCAUCGGUCAUAGAGCAAUUGUUUUUCGUCCGAUUGGUAGGUAAAACCCCAAUUGAAACCCUCAUCAGGGAUAUGUUGCUUUCGGGGAGCAGUUUUAACUGGCCCUACAUGUCAAUUCAGUAAGCAGAAGGAAUGAACAAAGGGGUUAAGAAUGGUUAGUGCUUCUUUUGUAGAAGGAAAACGGCUGUUACAAGAGCUUGCUUUCACAAAGAAAGACAUUGUCAUAAAUGACUGUGAAUUAAAAAAAUUGAGACAUUCAUCGAACUUUCAAAAUGCAGAUAAAAGCUCCCCGUGUCAUUCGGAAUAAGUUGCUUCUUAUCCAUUUUUUAAGAUAAAUAAAUAAAACGAAAACAAAAAUAAGGAAAAUGAUUUUGGUAAUCCUCAAAUCGAAAAUGAAACUAUAAAGUGCAUUUAAAAUGAGUAUUUGGAAAAACUUAGGAGAAAAGAAAAACUAAGUUUUCUUUUUCCAAAUUAGCCUACUUGUCCUGUGUCCAUGUAUCUAGCUAUUUUUUGUACUUUUAUUUUGUUCCUCCUUUCUGGUUCCAAACCGGCCUAUGUGAUUCUGUAGUACAGGUGGUGUUCUUUUCUAAAACCAUGACUUCUUUUGAAACAGUUAAGUAAGGUGAAAUGUUCUUCAAGAAUUAAAACUAAAUCCACAGCAAUAUAGGAAAGGCUUAUAACUACAUGCUUAAUGAUGCAAACGCACUUACUCUUAGGAUGGCCCACACUAAACUGGGCAAGGGAGUUUAUUUUAGUGUUCAAGUUCAACUUUCUGAUCCAGCUAAAUCAUUUCUCUUUCCAAUUGAGAAUAUAGCCUAGGCUACGUGAUGUUCCAGGGUUGCCCUGUUUUGCCAUUGCUAAGUUGAGCCAAUCGAACCACAUCAGCUCUUAAUAUAGAACAAGGAUUCUACAAGGCACUGUCGACAGUAAAACAGCUAUUACAGAACAGUGAAUGAAAUAGCCUGCAUACUGGCAACCUAUGUUUAAUGAACCCCUUUCUGGCUGUAUUCAACUUCGUGUGUCCCCUCAUGCACCCAGUUCGAAAUGUUUGGCAUUCAUUUGCAGACAGUUCAAAAAAAAUAUUAAAGCCUUGAGAUAUGGGCUACUGAAGGGUGAGUGUGGCUUGUAAACGUAGAUGCACAGCUAUUUUAAUUGUUAUGUUCACUUAGAUAUGGUAUUAACUACCAAUAUAUUGAACAUUGUGUCUUGCAAUGUAUAGGCCGAAACAUCAAUCAAAACAAGUCAUACAAUAUCUAGUCAUACAAUAUCUUAUUUUGAAAUUGGAAAGGUCAAGGGUCAUAUACCUUUUAUGUAGGCCUACAGCUGGAAUAGUGUUUAAUAGCAGUAUUAUUACGAUAUCCCUGACAUGUCACCCUCUCUACACUUCAAGCAUUAAGUGCCUGAAAAGUAAUUUCUUAUCAAAACGUUGUUUAAG